AUGCAGAACGAACAGCUAAACGAAUUUACUCCAGCAGAGCAUAUUCAUCAGAUUCGCUCAUAUUUCGAUAUCAUAGACAAUGCAGUUCAAAUUGGUGACACUAAUAGAAAAUAUUCUGACGCAAAGAUUCCAUCACAACCUGGAACUGCUAAAGAUAACACAUGGGUAACAUUCAAUCUCUCACCUCCUGGUGAAAAUAUGUUGGACCUUUACAAUACAUUCAUUACGUAUAAAAUGGAAGGUCAAUUUAUUGUAGAUAAAGAAAUUGGUUCAGGUUCCAAUAAAACAAACCCACCAGGAUUUUGGAUUGGUUUCGAUGACGCUUUCUAUGCAGUUGCUGGAUAUCAAAUCCUUGCAAAUGGUCGUAUCGUAUAUUCUCAAGACAACGCAAGAGAAGAAGCAUAUAUAACUUCAAACUCACAAACUACCGAACAAAUAAAGAAAGUAGAUGUUUUCUCAAAGACUCGACAUGAAGAUGUAUGGAGUCAUUCGGGAACAUGCAGAACAGGACAAAUUGUUAGUGGUCCAAUUACAGCAGGAAAAUCAUUUGAUUUUAAGCUUCGUUUAAGAAUUCCUGUUAGAAGAUUCCUUCCAUUAGAAGCUAUUCGAUUUAUUCCAGCUUUUGCAGGAAACAUUCAGCUUAAAGUAAAGUUCAGUAGCGACGCAUUACAAUGCACAUCUAUAUCU